AUGUUUCGGCCGCCGGACAAGAAACCAAAAGUUGAGCAUUUCGUCGACGACGUCGCCCGCCAGUACUCGGAUGAAGAGUUCCGAAGGCACUUCAGGUUGUCUCGGCGUGUUGCCACCGAACUGAUAGCAGGCUUCGCGUCUUCUCCGAUGUGCCCGACAGACAAUCACGGUGGCAAGGCUGCGAAGUCUGCGGAGACGCACAUUUUGUCUUUCAUUUGGUAUGCAGCCAACAAAACAUGCAUGCGGGAUGUGGCCGACAGAUUCAACCUGGCUGCAAGUACUGUACACAGGGUACUGCAAAGAGUGGCAGACUACCUGUGUACGCUAGGUCCAACUGUCCUCACAUUUCCCCGUGACCUGGAGAAGCUGUCCAGAGAUUUCGAGAAAGUGUCGGGUGUGCCUGGUGUUGUUGGGUGCAUAGACGGUUGCUACAUUCGCAUCCAGUGCCCCGAAAACAAGAUAGCUUCGACCUACGUCAACAGACACCACUUCCUCUCAAUGACAUUGCAGGCUGUGUGCGACAACAAGAGGCGAUUCAGUGACGUGCUCGUUGGAAGCUCGAGCAAGAUACACGAUUCCCGUGUCUUUCGCCUGUCCUCGCUUGCCAAAAAAAUCCCAGGGAUAUGCCAAGGUGGCAGGUAUCACAUCCUAGGUGACGCAGCAUACCCUGUAAGGCCGUUCUUGCUUACCCCUUACAGGGAUUAUGGAGCACUAACAAAACAGAAGAAAAAAUUCAAUGCAAAAUUUUCGGCAACCCGCGUGCUGAUUGAAAACUCGUUUGGGAUCCUGAAGAAACGCUUCCGCCAGCUUAUGUAUCUGGAGCUGCGGACUGUCAAGUGGCUAAAUGCGUUUAUGCUUGCUUGUUGCAUCUUGCAUAAUCUGUGCAUCGACACAGGCGACGAACUGCUCGAUGACAGUGAUGAAGAGGAGGCUAACGAUGAUGUACCAUGGUCCAAGUGCACAGACAGCGAUGAAUGUGAAGAAGAGGAUACUGAAGAAGACGCAGCACUACUUAAGCUCGGCGAGUUGAAGCGAGAGAAAGUGUUCCAAAAAAUGUUUGGGGGAAAAUGA